GGUCAAGAAAGCCAACAUAAUAAAAUACUGUUAUAAUAUUGUGUACCACACUUUUGUUUAUUACAGGCAAUGAUUCCUGCGAAUACCUCCUUUCCAGUGGCAGGUUUCUUGGAGAGAGAGUUUGGCAACCUCACAGUUGUAUGAUGCAUAGAUACAAAAUCAAUGAAGCAAAGAGCUGCCUCCUAGAUAAAUAUAUUGCAUUCAUUGGAGACUCUAGAAUUCGUCAAUUAUUCUAUUCUUUUGUAAAAAUAAUUAAUCCUCAAUUCAAAGAAGAAGGAAAUAAGCAUGAAAACAUUCAUUUUGAAGACAAAAUUGCAUCAGUUAAAGUGGAUUUUCUGUGGCACCCAGAAGUUAAUGGUUCUAUGAAACGGUGUAUCAAAGUGUGGACUGAGGAUUCUGUUGCAAAGCCUCAUGUAAUUGUAGCUGGAGCUGCCACAUGGUCCAUCAAGAUUCACAAUGGUAGCAGUGAAGCACUUUCCCAAUAUAAAAUGAACAUUACUUCCAUAGCACCACUGUUAGAAAAAUUGGCCAGGAGUAGUGCUGUUUAUUGGGUCUUACAAGAUCCUGUUUAUGAAGAGAUAUUAAGUGAAAAUAGAAAAAUGCUCACUAAUGAGAAGAUAGAUGCUUACAAUGAAGCUGCAGUCAGUAUUUUGAAUAGUAGCACCAGAAAUUCUAAAUCAAAUGUUAAAAUAUUCAGUGUUUCCAAAUUAAUUGCUCAAGAAACCAUCAUGGAAUCUUUGGAUGGAUUACAUCUUCCUGAAUCAAGCAGAGAAACUAUUGCAAUGAUUCUAAUGAAUGUAUACUGCAAUAAGAUUUUGAAGCCUGUAGAUGGUUCCUGUUGUCAACCUCGGCCUCCUCUUACUCUCAUACAGAAGCUAGCUGCUUGCUUUUUCAUCUUCUCCAUUUUCGGUUACGUAAUUUUGGGCAUAAUUAAUCGUAAUGCUCAUCGUAAGAACAAACUAUGUCCUGAUUUGGAAAGUGGAGAGGAGAAGAAAAAUAUUAUCAAUAUCCCCAUGUCUCCAUUAGAAAUACUUUUACAGUCUUUCUGCAAACUUGGCCUGAUUAUGGCAUAUUUUUACAUGUGUGACCGUGCCAAUCUGUUUAUGAAGGAGAACAAAUUUUAUACACAUUCAUCUUUCUUUAUUCCAAUUAUCUACAUCUUGGUUUUGGGAAUAUUUUACAAUGAAAAUACUAAAGAGACUAAAGUGUUGAAUAGAGAACAAACAGAUGAAUGGAAAGGCUGGAUGCAACUUGUGAUUUUGAUUUAUCAUAUCUCUGGAGCCAGUACAUUUUUGCCUGUGUACAUGCACAUUCGAGUUCUCGUUGCUGCAUAUCUAUUUCAAACAGGCUAUGGGCAUUUCUCAUACUUUUGGAUCAAAGGAGACUUUGGAAUCCAUAGAGUUUGUCAGGUCUUAUUUCGUCUCAAUUUCCUGGUAGUAGUGUUAUGUAUAGUAAUGGAUCGGCCUUACCAAUUCUAUUACUUUGUCCCCUUGGUCACUGUAUGGUUCACGAUCAUAUACAUCACUUUAGCACUAUGGCCACAGAUAAUCCAAAAAAAAGCGAAUGGAAAUUGUUUCUGGCAUUUUUGCUUACUGUUGAAACUAGCCUUCUUGCUGCUUUGUAUAUGUUUCUUGGCAUAUUCUCAGGGUGCAUUUGAAAAGAUCUUUUCACUUUGGCCAUUGUCCAAAUGUUUUGAACUAAAAGGGAAUGUAUAUGAAUGGUGGUUCCGAUGGAGGUUAGACCGUUACGUAGUCUUCCAUGGAAUGUUGUUUGCUUUCACUUACCUGGCUUUACAAAAGCGGCAAGUACUUUCUGAAGGAAAGGGCGAACCUCUCUUUUCAAACAAAGUGUCAAAUUGCUUGCUGUUUAUUUCAGUAGUUUCUUUCUUGACCUACUCCAUCUGGGCCAGCAGUUGUAAAAACAAAGCUGAGUGCAAUGAACUCCACCCCUUGGUUUCGGUGGUGCAGAUUUUAGCCUUUAUCCUAAUAAGGAAUAUCCCUGGAUAUGCCCGCUCAGUAUAUAGUUCAUUUUUUGCUUGGUUUGGAAAAAUUUCUUUAGAGCUGUUUAUUUGCCAAUAUCACAUAUGGUUGGCCGCAGACACCCGUGGCAUCUUGGUACUCAUACCCGGAAACCCUAUGCUCAACAUCAUCGUCAGCACUUUCAUAUUUGUGUGUGUGGCACAUGAAAUUUCUCAGAUCACUAAUGACCUUGCACAGAUUCUUAUUCCUACAGAUAACACCUCUCUGUUGAAAAGGUUGGCAUGUAUAGCUAUGUUUUUUUGUGGACUCCUCCUCUUAUCAUCCAUUCAAGAUAAAUCAAGACAUUAACUUCAUAAAAUCCUAAACACCUUAAAGUUGCAGACUGACUUUGUGUCUUUCUGCCUAGAGGACAAAAGCAUCCGUCUGAAGAUACAAAUGUCUCAGUGUAAACACGUGGCAGAAGACACAUCAGUGAUGUCUGUUGAACACGUGUGCUUGUAUAUAUUGGAGAUGUACAUAUUCCAUGUGAAAUGUUAAAAGAAAAAAAAUGGGUAAACCUGAAUGCAUUGUAUAGGAUUGCAUGUGAAACUGUUUUUUCUAUUGGAAGUGUGUUUCCGUUUACAAAUGAUUUCAAGUUAACAUAUGAAGGCAGGGAAAUGAUUACCUUUCCAGUAAAGAAAAAACAAAGGUGAUUUAGGUAGCUUAGUGAUAUCACUGUUUUGAUAUAUACUAAAUUUGGUAAUAAGACUAUCUGCACCUCCAUUCAUCAUGGAAUUUAUUUCAUUGAAAACUUUACUCACGAAGGACUGCAGUAUUGUUUUAUUUAUAUGUGCAAUGAUGUGGAAUGAUAAAGAUUAUGCCUUUAAUUGAUUUGUCUUCACGUUCUGAUGUUCUGUGUCCUGCCGUGGGCACUCCUGGUAACUGUGGUGUUCAGGUAGAGAAGCCUAAAGCUUUGUACACCUUUUGUCUCACAGAGUGGUUCUAGGCUCCAUGACAGGGUUUUGCCAUCGUUAAUGUUGUUGCUUUUUAUAAAAAGGCCAAACUUUCUUUCUAGUUAAAACUUUUCAUCCGUUUCCUUUACUUCAGCUGUGUCAGUGUAAUACCAAUUUGCCUGUGGAUCUUAUGUUUUCCCCCACUAAUUAAUUUUUGUAUAUUAUUUCCAAUGUUUGGAAAGCUAUUUGCAACCAUUUUGGUAUAUCCUACUACCACCUCCUAUUUUUUUGUUUAAUACCUAUGUUGGUCAGUCUAAGCAUGUGGCAGUGUAGCGAGAUUCAAGCUGUUAUCAUUGAGAUGUGUGACCAUAGUAGAAUUGUAAGUAAACUGUUAUCUUCAGGCAAGAUAUUUUGGGUUGUUUUUUUUACAAGCUGUUAGAGGUAUGAACUUAUUUAUCUGUUGUACAGAUUUGAUUAUCAUUUUUAAUGUUGAAAUGAUUGCACUUGUUUGCUCUUACGAUGUGUGGGGUAAAAUAUAUUUUCUGUUCACAUUGUAUGGAAAUAUGUAAUAAUUUAAACCGUAAAUAAAUGUUCUGUGGAUGCUUAUUUUUGUAAUAAAACUACCAGUUAAACUACA